UUCUGAGAAUUUGCAGGAGAAGAAGAAGAAGGAAGAUGAUUAUUAAACGGGAACUUAAAACCCAGAUGAUACCGAGUUUGAAACGGUGCAGACUCAGUAACUCGGUGAGUGGCUCCAGGAAGUCGAGCUUGGGAGGUUACUACUUCCCUCUCAGCCUUCUCGGAGAAAUCUCCUCCGGGAUCGUUCCGGGCGGAGGACGGAAUGUAUUCUCUGCUCCGCGUUCUCACUCACCGUCCACUGCGACGGAGGCUCCCCGUCCACCGCUUCCUCGGACAUCUAGAGGGAGAAUCCGUACGCUUCCUUCUCGCUUCAAAGAUUCUGUGCUCGAUAACUGGAGGAAAGAUGGCAAGAACGUCAGCGAGGGUGAAGUUGAACGCUGCAGGAAGGAGAAAGCUACUAGUUUGAAAAGCAAGCAACUUGAGGAGGCCCGUGCUUGUGUUGUUGACAGAGAGAGGGAAGACGAAAGGGUUGGUUCUUAUGGGCCUGAGAACUUUUAUUCAGGUGACUUGGUUUGGGCUAAACCUGGAAGAUCUGAGCCGUUUUGGCCAGCCAUUGUUAUUGAUCCCUUGACACAAGCGCCAGAGCUUGUCUUGCGUUCUUGUGUACCUGAUUCAGCCUGCGUUGUCUUCUUUGGUCACUCUGGGAACGAUAAUGAAAGGGAUUAUGCAUGGGUGAGGAGAGGGAUGAUCUUCCCUUUCAUGGAUUAUGUUGCCAGGUUCCAGGAACAACAGGGAUGCAACCCUGGGAGAUUUCAGAUGGCUUUAGAGGAAGCAUUUUUGGCAGAUCAAGGAUUCAUGGAGAAGUUGAUGCAUGAUAUUCACACGGCUGCUGGUAACUCGAGUUUUGACGAUUCUUUCCACAGAUGGAGUCAGGAUCUCAAUAACAAUGCUCCAAGCGAGGAGUUGAUGAAAUACGGAAAUCUACUAGCCUGUGUAGGAUGUGAAACAGCAUUUUCUUAUGAGAUGGCCAAAAAACUGAAGGCUCUGAUUCCCGGAGAUCAAUUGUUGUGUAAACCAUGUUCAAGGUUGACUAAAUCAAAACACACUUGUGGUAUAUGCAAGAAGAUAAGUAAUCAUUUGGACAGGCAAACAUGGGUGAAAUGUGAUGGUUGUAAAGUUUGGGUACACGCAGAGUGUGACAAAACAUCAGAUAAACAUUUGAAGGGUUUGGGAGAAACAGAUUACUACUGUCCUACUUGCAGAGCUAAAUUCAACUUUGAGCUAUCAGAUUCAGAAAAACCAGACUCAAAGUCAAAACUUGGCAAAGGCGAUGGUGGGAUGGUUCUUCCUGACAAGGUGAUUGUGGUAUGCUCUGGAGUUGAAGGAAUCUAUUUCCCAAGUCUCCAUCUAGUCGUAUGUAAGUGUGGCUCAUGUGGUCCUCAAAAGAAACAACUUAGUAAAUGGGAAAAGCAUACCGGAUCCAAAGUAAGAAAUUGGAAGACGAGUGUGAAAGUCAAAAGCUCAAAGCUGCCGCUAGAAGAAUGGAUGAUGAAAUUAGGCGAGUUACAUGCAAAUGCUACAGCAGCUAAUGUUCCUAAACGACCUUCCAUAAAGCAGAGAAAGCAGAAGUUGCGUGCUUUUCUGUCAGAGAGGUAUGAACCGGUCAAUGCGAAAUGGACAACAAAACGAUGUGCAGUUUGUAGAUGGGUUGAAGACUGGGACUACAACAAGAUUAUUAUCUGCAACAGAUGCCAAAUAGCAGUGCAUCAAGAAUGCUAUGGGGCUAGAAAUAUUCAUGAUUUCACCUCAUGGGUCUGUACAACAUGCCAGAAGCCAAGUAUUAAGCGGGAUUGCUGCCUCUGCCCUGUAAAAGGAGGUGCACUAAAGCCAACGGAUGUGGAAACAUUUCUUAAUAUCAAGAAGUGUUUCCAUGCAUUAUGUAUGCAGUUGCACAGCUUGGAAAAAAAUGGUCGACAGAUAACAAAGAUGCUGUCCUACUGUGCUUAUCACAGGGCUCCAGAUCCAGAUACUGUGUUAAUUAUGCAAACUUCUAAAGAGGCCUUCUCUGCAAAAAGUCUUGUCCAAAACAAGAAGAGUGGCAGUUCCCGGCUUAUAACAUCAAUCAGAAGGGACCAUAAAGAACCACCCGCAGAGGAUACCGUUACAUGUGAUGAUCCGUUUUCUGCUGCUCGUUGUCGAGUAUAUAGAAGAAAUAUCAAUACCAAGAAGAGGAGUGAAGAAGAAGCUAUCCCGAACCACACAAGGGGACCAAGCCAUCAUCCAGCAGAAGCAAUCCGAACUCUAAACGCUUUCAGGCAUGUCCCGGAGGAACCCAAAUCGUUUUCAUCUUUCAGGGAACGACUUCGCCACUUGCAGAGGACAGAAAUGGAUAGGGUCUGCUUUGGGAGAUCUGGAAUACAUGGAUGGGGUCUUUUCGCUAAAAGAAUUAUCCAAGAUGGAGAAAUGGUUAUUGAAUACAGAGGGGAACAAGUGAGAGGUAGCAUUGCAGAUUUGAGAGAAGCAGGGUACCGCAGAGAAGGGAAGGAUUGCUACCUGUUCAAGAUCAGUGAGGAAGUAGUGGUUGAUGCUACAGAUAAAGGGAAUAUAGCUCGGCUGAUCAACCAUUCGUGUACGCCAAAUUGCUAUGCAAGGAUAAUGAGCGUAGGAGAUGGGGAAAGCAGGAUUGUUCUGAUCGCCAAGGCCAAUGUAGCUGUGGGAGAGGAGUUAACGUAUGAUUACUUAUUUGAUCCAGACGAGCCAGAGGAAUCCAAGGUGGCAUGCCUAUGUAAAGCCCCCAACUGCAGGAAAUUCAUGAAUUAGAUUAGAUAAGGUGCACAUGAUACAACAUGAAGAAGAAGAAGAAGAUAAAGCCAAGCAAUAUUCUCCUUUUUUUUUGCUCAAGAAACGAUAGAGUUAUUGCUAAUAAGUGACCCAACUAUUUAUCUCUUUUAUGGCUCUCUGUACAGAUAACUUGUUAGUUUCAGGAAGAAUCCAAUUUUAUUUAUUCUUGUCAAUGAUGCACCUUCAGUGAAUGCAGCU